AUGUCUGGCCCCGCAGAGCGACGUUGGAAUGUGAGUCCAAUGGACUUUGAAUACACAUCCGAGGAUCGUAAAGGGACUCCAGCAUGGGCCGAACAACCCGCAAACGACACGUCUGAACAACGUUCCAAGGGCUCCGGAUACACCGACAAGUCAUCUGUGCGUGGCAUGUCUCCUAGCUUUGUACCCUCCUCGCCAUCUACACAUUCAUUUCCGUCAUUUGGAACGCCUUCAAAGCUGGGUAAUUCGCAGAAGAAUGCACUAUGGAGAGCGUCAUCGUCAAGCCCAUUCUCCUCACCCAGAGCCCGAGGAUUUGUGGCUGUCGAACCGAUACAGGAGGUCUCUCUUUCCGAUAUAAGCAUGGAAGACGCCAACGCGAGCCCUUUGAGCAGUAAACGUGCUCAACCAGCCUUUCGUACACUCGCGCCAGCCGCAGAAGAACGGACCAACCUCGACGUGAUACUAGCUUCAGCCAAACCAGUCAAGAAUAAGCGAGGGAGUAGCCUAGUCAAACAAACUUCCGUGGUGGAUGAGCCACAGGAAGAGACAGACGAGGCAUCAUCAGGAGAGGAGCAUGAAGAGGGACGACGGAAGUCAAGUAUCAAGAAGGGGGAUUCGAUCACUUCGAACCACCACUAUACGUUCAAUAUGCCAACAGCCCCGGCGCCGAAAUCAGAGGUACCAUAUCUAUUGCUCGGAUAUGUACAAUUUCUCUUCAACCUAUCUCUUGUCCUGGUCUUCUUAUACAUCAUCGUCUUCUGCAUCCUGACCGUACAACGAGACGUCGAACAUCGAAUGACAGAGUAUAGAGCGGAACUCGCUGAAGCAAUAGCGACUUGUGCGCAAUUGUACGAGAUCAACAAGUGCUUCCCACUUUCCCAACGGGUACCAGCCAUCGCCAAGCAAUGUUCAGAAUGGGAAACAUGUAUGCAAAGAGACCCUUUGGGUCUGGGACGCUCGCGUGUAGUCGCAGAAACUAUCGGAGAGGUCAUCAACUCGUUUGUUGAGCCAAUCUCGUGGAAGACCUUGAUAUUUGGGCUAGUAUCUCUCGGCUUCCUCAUCACGUUAACCAACAUCCUCCUUUCAACCUAUCGCGAACGCGCACGCGUCAUACCAGAAAACGUACCGCUUCCACAACCACUAUACGCACCUCCGCCACCGAUACAUCCUCAUUAUCUUGGUCCUGCACACAGUGGCUACCUGCCCGGCCAUCCACCACCCCAACAGAGAUGGACGCGAACAUGGAGUGGUUCAGAAAUGAUCCCACCAUUAACUGCUCCCACAACACCAAGUCGACGAAAAAUCAAAACCCGAGGCUCGAGUCUAGCCCCGGAUGAGGGGGAUCAAUGA